AUGGCCGUCAGGACGAUGCGACGAGCCUUUGGCUCAAUACCGAAACAGCAAACCCUUCAUUUUGUCCAAAACCUUGUACGGAUGGUAAUCCAUCUGCUGUGGGUCGCCGUCGCUUUCGUACUACUACCCCUCGACAAUGCCAUUCUGCUGGCAGUUUACAUCGUCGGGUUUAUUUCUCAACUUCAGUCGGGCUCGUGUCCAAGCCGUCAGAGGAAGGCAGCGUUGAGAAAUGAACACUUCUAUCCCAAAACCGUCCUGGUGACGGGCAUAGAUACCCCGCCCGGACUGGCGGUGGCACGAUCCUGGUACUACGAAGGCCACCGGGUCGUGGGGGUGAGCAUCACGGAUUCCUCCAUCCGGUCUGGCGAAAGCAUGUCCCGGACUCUCGCAGCUUUCUACAAUAUCUCCCAGUCGCAAUAUAUUCUACAACUGCUGGACAUCAUAUACAGAGAGAAAGUGGACGUUUGGAUCCCGUGUUCGGACAAGGCUACUGUCAUGGAAGAUGCGAUGGCCAAAGAAGUGAUUGAGAGUCGGACCAACUGCAAAUGCAUACAUCUGGACACGGAACUCACAGACAGGUUCGGUCGUCCAGAGUCUUUCAUUCAGUAUCUCAUCGAGAAGGACCUACCUGUGCUGGAAACCCAUCGCGUGCAAUCGCGCGCCUCUAUCCACAGUAUACUCCAUCGAUCUCCGACCAAGGUCUAUCAGAUGCGCAGAGCGAGCUCCAUCGCCGGUGACAGCAAGGUUAUUGUGUUGCCGAAGCGCACGCUCAGCCAGACUUACACCGAAGUCAGUGAGAUUCAAAUCUCCAAGAACUGCCCCUGGAUGCUGCAGCAACAGACCCGCUUGGGGACAUACUUUGCCGAGACGCUUGUAGUUCGCGGUUUCGUCGAAGCGAUCAAGAUCCGUCCCUCGGACCAGCACUUGGGCUGGGGCCGGUCCCGUCUAGACGAAGCGCUCGCAAUCGCUAUCCACAAACUCAUGGAGAGAUUUGCGAUGAAAGGCGGUCCGCGCUUGACGGGGCUACUUUGCGUCAAGUUGAUGGUCGAUGAGGUGUUUGAUGCAAACUCCGUGCGUCAUGUCCUCCACAUUGCAGGCUGCACGCAAGGUGCAGCGGCCGUCGGGCAUCUCUUGCAAGAUGCAUCCUGCUCGAUUCCUGCUGGCUGUUUAACUGUGUUGGCUGCACAGACUAACGGCAUGUCUACGCGCUUGACGGAGUCGAGCAAUACGGGGAUUCGUAGUCUGAUGUGCAAGGCACCGUCCCAGGGAUCGAGAUUUUACGAGGCGGUCAAGACUCACGAAUGUGGGCGACUGGUGCUAGUCGUUUCGCGAGCAAUCCACUUACUUGACCAGUUGAUUUACGAGGCAGGUCAGCUCGUCUUCUGGAAGAACUGGCGAUAUUCUUCUUUCGAUCCUUUCCCGUGGUGGUGGGAUGCUCAUAUCUAUCAACCAGGUAGACACUUUGGAAUGGCUUUCAGUGUUUUCACUGAAGCUCACGGUAAAGCGGCUUGA